CCUCUGCGCAUUCCUGCAGGAGAGUUGGGUUUUUACUCCAUGGACCUGUCAGCCCGAUUAGAGGUGUCCAUGGAGCUGGACACCCCGGGUGACGUGCCUGCUCAUGUCGCUGUGUACGGCUGUCAGGGCUGCAGACCGACACAUGUCAUGUACGAUGUCGUACAGACCUCAUCAGCAAGUAACGUUGAGCGGCAGAAACGGGCCACAAUCACCAUCGACUUCCCAGGUUUGACGUUUGAAGGGAGCUGGAUCUUUGCCGUCUAUAACGGAGCUGGUCAAACAUUGGAAGGAACGAUCUCCUUCGUCACAACAGAAGCUUCUUGUCCAAAUGACUGUUCCAACCAUGGUGAAUGCGUGGACGGAACCUGUGCAUGCUUGGCAAGCUGGGCCGGAGAUGACUGUUCCUUAGAGCUGUGUGACCCUGCCGACUGUAAUGGAAACGGGGCAUGUGUCUCUGGUUCCUGCAGAUGUUUUAACGGAUGGCAAGGCAGCGGUUGUAACACAGCAUUCCGACCCUGUCCAGCGGAUUGUUCUGGACAAGGCACGUGUAACAAUGUAACAGGCCAGUGUGACUGUCGAACACCUUAUAAGGGAGUGGAUUGCUCACAAAUUGAGCCUGUGCCUUGUGAGGGAACGCCGAACAAUUGUUCCGACCAUGGCAGCUGGAGCGGCGGAAGAUGUGUGUGUCUUCCAGGAUGGACAGGGCAGCGAUGUGAACUCCCUGACUGCAACCCUAGAGACUGUAACGGUCGUGGUGUCUGUAUCAACGGGACUUGCUCCUGUGAGACCGGCUGGAAAGGAGAAGCUUGUGAAGAAGGAGCCUGCAUUCCGCCUGACUGCAAUGGAAAUGGCGCCUGCACGGAAGGAACCUGUCGGUGUUUUCAUGGUUGGCAGGGCGCCGCUUGUGAUACACAGUAUCGCCGCUGUCCUUCUGACUGUUCAGGCAGUGGUGUUUGCAACAAUGUAACCGGCAUCUGUAGCUGUGAGCGGCUGAGCACAGGACUGGACUGUUCUGAAAAGCUGUGUGCAGACUGCUCACUGAAACAUGGAAGUUGUGAGGAUGGCGAUUGUAUCUGUGAUGAGGGCUGGGGAGGACCUUCAUGUAGACAAUUACUCUGCAAUGAAGUAUGUGGAAUCCGUGGAACCUGUAUCAAUGGAACCUGCCAUUGUAACCGGGGUUGGAAGGGACCAGAGUGUUCUCAAGAUGCCUGUAAUGAAACAUGCAGUGGCCAUGGAGAGUGUGUUCGUACAAACGGAGAAUGGGGAUGCUCAUGCGACAGAGGAUUCAUAGGAACAUACUGCGGAACAGUUUCUGAGACAAACUGCGCUGACAAUCUUGAUGAUGAUGGUGACUUGCUGGUUGAUUGUGAUGAUCCGGACUGUUGUAAUGACACGUCGUGCGUGGACGAUCCUGCGUGCUUAUCUGCACCACCACUUGAACAACUAGCAGCUGCUGAUACCAACAUUACACAAGCAGCAGGGAGAAGCUUUUAUGAUCAGGUUAAGUUCCUGUUCCAAAAUGGAAGUGUACAGGAAGAUGUUAGUCCGGACGCAAUUGACAAUGAGAGGGUUGCAGUUCUCCGUGGGCAUGUGACAACACGAGAUGGCAGUGCACUCCCGGGUGUUACAGUGUCUCUUCUUGAUACUCCAGCGUUGGGCCACACACUGACACGUACUGAUGGCGGAUAUGAAUUUGUACUCAAUGGCGGGAACGUGGACACCGUGGUGUUCAGACGGCGGAACAUGAUCGGGACACAGCGCACCGUCAGACCGAGAAUCCAAUCAUACAACCAGGUUGACCCGGUGGCCAUGAUUCCUGUGGACACUAAGGUGACAGAAGUGGAUCUACAGUCAUCUGACAUCCAAGUCGUCGAAGGCACGGUGGUAGAAGACGAAGCUGGCAGCCGAAAACCCGUUCUGAUGUUUGAACCAGGAACGGGCGUCACAAUAACUGCCAAAAAUGGAACACAAAAUGAGACUAUACAGAGGCCACGUGUGCGAGUUACAGAGUACACCGUGGGAGACAGUGGUGAAGAGGCAAUGCCUGCCCAGCUCCCAGCGUUUACCGGCUACACAUAUGCUGUAGAAAUGAGCCUAGAUGAAGCAUCCGUCAACGGUUCUACAGAUGUGAACUUUAACCAGAGCCUGCCAUUUUACGUCAACAACUUUCUUGGAUUCCCGGUUGGUUCGGCAGUUCCUACAGGUUACUACGACCGCAGCGGAGGGCGUUGGAUAGCAUCAGAAAACGGUCUAGUUAUACAACUUCUAGAUUCUUCUGAUCCGAGAAAGGCGAGUCUAGAUGUCCACGGGAAUGGGCAGGCAGCAAACGAAACCGAAAGACAUGAACUAGGCAUUACUGACAAUGAGCUUGAGAGACUGGCCAUGUUGUACAACCCCGGUGACACCCUAUGGAGGGUCAGGAUACCUCACUUCACACCCUGGGACUGCAACUGGCCGUACGGGCCUCCAGAUGAUGGUUUUGGCCCAGGAGACCGACCCCCUCCCUCUUCACCACCAAACCCAUGUCCAGGUACGGGAGGAGGGGGGAGUUCAGCAAGAGGUCGGAACCGGAAAAAGAGAGCAUCUGGGAACGACAACAACAGAAGUAAUUUCCUUCUAAAUUCUGACUAUUGGCAGCAGUUCUUUCCAUAUAUACCGGCUGGACUCGACCCUGGGGAGCAUGGUCCUUACCCUGCUGUAACCGCCAACAUUUACAGUGAAGAGGAAGACUUGGAAGGAGCUACCGUAUACGAUGGGGAACAAAGGAGGGAGAGGCUCACUUCGAGACCAGGUGAGGCAUCUGUUCCAAUACCAGGGACGGAUUUCCAGCUGAUGUACAGUCACACACGGCAGAGGGGUUUUAAACAGGUGACAAGGAUCCCUCUUAUUGGAGAUGAAGUACCGCCCAGCCUGAAAGCCAUCAGACUUGAGAUCACGGUUGCUGGCAAAACAACUACGAAGUCCCUCCCUCCAGAGCCCAAUCUCUACGAAGAUUUCAUCUGGGACGGGCUUGAUGCGUAUGGUAGAGAGGUGAAAGGCAGAGUCAACAUGAAAGUGAGAUUGGGAUAUGAAUACGGACUAGUCUACUACGCAGUUCCGUCGGAAUUCACUCAGAGCUUCAACCGCUUCAGCUCAGCUGAUCAGACCAGCCGCGUGUCAAGAGCAGGGAGAACAGUGUCGUACUGGACGGAGAGAGAGAUCCCCCUCACGCGCAGCAUUCAGGCAUCUGAUUUGGCGGGCUGGUCACUGAACAUACAUCAUACAUAUGACGGACAAAACGGUAUCCUGCAUUUGGGAACUGGGGAGUCCAUUUCUGUGGUUGACCAGACAAAGACUCUGGAAACUGCGGUCGGGAGCGACACAAGAGCUCCUAUCGAUUGUCUGUCGUGUGGAGAAGGAGAUGGUGAGGAAACUCAGCUUCGCUUGCCAGUGGCGCUCACAACAGGUCCUGAUGGAAGUGUGUUCAUCGGAGAUUACAACUUCAUCCGAAGACUCUGGCCAAACGGUACUGUAACAACUGUGACGAGAUUAAGAAGAAGCCGCCCGGAGUAUGUCUACUACCUUGCUUCCAGUCUGAAAGAUAAUGUCAUCUUUGUGUCCGACCCGGACGCAAGACAGGUUUUUAAGGUUGCAACUGAUGAAGAGCGACCGUCCCUGUCUGUGAUUGCCGGAACAGGAGAAAAGUGUCCACCUUGGGAAGACAGCUGCGGAGAUGGGGGACUAGCUAUUCAAGCAACGUUUAAUUCACUUAAAGGAAUCGCUGUUGGCGAGGAAGACACCAUAUUCGUUGUGGACAAUCGUCGGAUUCGACAAAUCGGACCGGACGGUUACAUCGAACCGUACAUAGGAACAAACGAUCUGACGAAAUUUUCUCAUUCAAGCGGUUCUGAACUCAGAAAUACCCUGAUUGCCCAGACGACCCUGACAUGGCCUACUCACAUCGCAGUCACAAGGGGCGGGGACCAACUCUACAUUGUGGAUCAAGAUGUGGUCAUUCGGCUGACAAGAGAUGGACAGACCAAAGUUAUUGCCGGUCAACAGGCUUUCCGGCCACCAGAAGCUGGACUAAAUGUGGAAGACACUAAUACAAAGGCCUUGAACAGCAAGUUGGUCAAUCCACAGGGAAUCGCCAUCUCUCAGGACGGGAACAUCUUCAUCGCGGAGACAGAUUUCAAUUCCCUACACCGUGUGCGCCUACUCGACCCUGACGGAGGGAUACGGCUCAUAGCCGGGCGACAGUCUGACUGUGACUGCCGGCAGAGUUCGUGCGACUGCUUUGAACAAGAUGGCAAACUAGCGGUUCAGAGUAAGCUGCAUACACCGACUGCACUGACGGUUACACCUGAUGGGACCUUGUACAUUGCUGAUCAAGGCAACUACAGAAUUCGGAAGAUGAGAGCGCACAUUUCCGGAGGGUUGACAGACGGACAUUUUGUCAUCCCUGGAACAAACCCAAGUCAAGCGUACAUCUUUGACUUCACUGGCCAACACAUUCAAACUGUUGAUAUAACAAGAAACCAGCCUGUCUAUGAGUUUGGCUACAACGCUAAUCGACAGUUAACCAGCAUCCUCCUCCCAUCGACAAAUCAGACCAUAUCGAUUGACCGAGACGACAACGGAACUCCACAUACCAUCAGGGCUCCGUACAGACAGAAUUUGUAUCUAGAAAAGAAUAAUGAGGGAUUGCUGAGUGCAUUAGCGGACAACACCGGGCGACAGAUACAACUGACGUACCAAAAUGGCGGCCUGCUAACGGCUAUACAGUCUCCGUCUGGGUACAGGCGAAUGAUGGCUUACAGUCCGACAGGAAGUGUCUUACGUCAGUUUGACAACCAAGGCGUCACCAAGUUCUAUGGCAAGAACUUUGGCAGAGAGGCCACGGUGUUGAAAACAUCUACCAGAUUGGGCGAGGAAGAUUUAGAGGUGGAUGAAAGUGUGCCAGGGAUCACCCGUACAACGGUUCGCGUUGGAGGGAGGAAAAUUAAAGAAUCAAGGAGGAACUCUGCAGAUGGAACAACCAGUACCGUUAAUGCAGAUAGAUCAAGGGUAGUGGUGGAGAUGGCACCACACCCUGUAUGGGGAAAUCAGGUGCCGCUGGUGUCCAGCAACAAUUUCGUUCUACCGACCGGGGAGUUAACUACACAGUACGAGUAUUCUGCUAUCCUGGAAGUUGAUAACAACCCUCUUACUAUGAAGAUGAACAAAACAGUAACCAAGGUGAACGGUAACGCAGUUUCUAGUGAGGAAUACCACAGGGAUAGUUUGACCAAAAGUUAUUUUCGGGAGCCUUCUCGGGAAUUAGUCCGACGUGAAACGUGGGAUGACUCGGGACGGCGUGUCCUGUUAGAGCAGCCUCAUAGAGGGAUGUACAAUACGACUUACUUUUACAAGAAUAACAGCAAUCUGCUGACAAGACUGGAGAUUGGGGAGAAGUGGGUGGAAUACGAAUAUAACGACCUCGGGGAUAUCAUCGAGGAGAGGACAAGCUCUGGGAAAACAGUUUUUUAUGUGUGGAACCCCAAGGGACAGCGCACACACAUGGUGACAAAUGCUGGGCGACUCUACGAAUUUGGAUACGGUUCCAGUGGUGGUUUCGUAAGUAUUACAAUGCCUAGUGGUGCAAAACAUACCCUAAAAACUCGCGUUCGCGCCAAUGCAAAGGACAUAGUGUACCUGACACCUAACUCUACACAAGGAACGGUGAUGGACACAUUCAACAUAGACAAUAAACUUGUACAAAGGGUGAUGCCUGGAGAGAAGACCGUCUCAUACUGGUACGAUGCAAGCUCGCGCAAAACUAGUGAAGCCUUCGAUGCCACAUUCAUAUGCUUUGUGCAUCAAGAUGACGACGACAAUGUUGACGAGAUUAGACGUUAUGAGAAUAGGAGGGUAAAAUCAACAUUACUGUACGAGUACAAUGCUCACCUGAUGACCAGGAUGCUGGUAGUUUAUGAGGACGAUCUUGACGCCCAGUUUUCGUUCUCAUACGGAGAUCGUCUUACGUUGAACAGGAUAGACGAGACUGUGUAUGGACGGAGAAAGGUCAUCAACAUAGAGUAUGAUGAAUACAACGAGCUACGCAGGGAAGGAAGCUUUCGAUAUACACAUCCAAACCCCUGGACAGAAGAAGUAACUGAUGGAACAUUGACGUGCACAUACAUCCACGAUGGCUAUGGUCGGGCAGUUGAGCAUAGGUGUAAAAUUGCAAACAAAGAUGUCUUUAUUCUAACAUUAUCAUACAACAACAGGUCCCUUGUAGCAGUGCAAAAUGUUGAUGUAGCAGGCAAUGUUACUAUCCUUUCAUACGAGUAUGACGAAGAUGAACAGUUGGUUUCAGUUAGGGAAAACGAUAUCCUAACGGAACUGUACAGCUAUGAUCUGAAUGGGAAUCGUGUGUGGUGGGUGGAUCACUUUGGUACAAACAAAACCGCCACAUAUGACGAUCAAGACAGGAUACAAACAUACGAUAGCAAGGCGUAUAAUUUUGAUGACGCAGGUUUCAUAACGGACUAUGACUUAGAACAUUUUGAGUACGAUUCUACAGGGCAGAUAACGUCGACUGAGGAAGAGGACCGCUACAAAGUUCUGUACUCUUACGAUGGUUUACACCGUCGUAUCGCCGUGGUUGAAACCACAUCAGGGGAGGAAGAACGUUAUUUCUAUGGCGAUCCUUUCAAUCCGUUUGGAGUCACAGCUACAGUGCAAGACGACCAAGUAACCAAGUUAUACUAUAACAAACAGAACCAUGUCAUUGCUAUGGAAACAAACGAUAUAAUGAGAUACGUCAUGGCCGAUCAUCUCGGAAGUCCUAUAGCAAUAAUAGAUACAAGUGGCAACACCGUCAAACAUGUCAAACGCACCUCAUAUGGGACUGUUCUGAAAGAGUCAGGCACUGAAAUACCUCUGUCUAUUGGCUUUGCGGGGGGUCUUGUUGAUCCGUAUUCCAGACUCACACAUUUUACAUACCGUGACUAUGACGCAGAGAUAGGGCGGUGGACAGCAAGAGAUCCAAUUCUUUUCGAAAGCUUGCAGCCAAACCUGUACCAGUAUGUGUUUAACAACCCUGUGAACAUGAGAGAUAUCCAUGGAUUACAAGGGCAAGCUGAUCCCUGUGUGUCAUCGUCUGGUGGUCCAGGGUCUGGGUCAGGAGACCCUGGGGAACCUAAAGAUGGUGACUCGGAAGGGGAUGGCUCACAACCUGGGCAGCUUCCGGGCUCAGAAGAAGGCAAUCCAACACCAGAGGGAGAAGGUGAAUACGGGGAUAUUACGAAGGUUGACGCCACUGGAGCAUCAAAAACAACAGCAAAGCAAGACAAAUUGAAAAUUGAAGGACCGGCUGCAUCACAGAAGAUGGCAAAGACAGACCAGAAGAAUGUUGAUAAGUACAAGGACAUCAUAAUGGAAGUGGCAAAAGAAAAGAACAUCGACCCAGCCAUCAUAGCAGCUAUAAUCAGCCGGGAGACCCGCGGAGGCACACAGUUGAAGCAGGACGGGUUUGGAAGAUAUGACGAAAAUGGAUUUGGAAUUAUGCAGGUUGACAAGCGUUAUCACACCCCAGUAGGAGAGCCUAGAAGUAUCGAGCAUGUCCGCCAAGCCACAGACAUCCUUGUCGAGUCUAUCAAGGGUAUACAGAGGAAGUUCCCCGACUGGACAACAGAACAGCAGCUGAAAGGGGGUAUUUCAGCUUACAAUGGUGGAUUAGGGAAUGUGAGGACUUAUGAAGGCAUGGACAUAGGGACACCAGGAAACGACUAUGCUAAUGAUACUGUUGAAAGGGCAAAAUGGUAUAAGCAAAAUGGAUAUUCAGAUUAAAAACAUGGCGAUUAAAAUCACAUUUAUGAGAACCUUUUGGGUUCUCAACAACGUUUCAAAGUAGCAGUGAAUUAACAAAAAUGGCUUACUGCUGGUGUUCAUUUUUUUCUGCAUCGAUAUAUGCUUUAUAGAAAGAUUUUGUAUGUAAUAAAGGUAAUACUAUAAGUUUGAAUGUUUUAUUUCUUGACCUGUAGAAUAUUAGAUGAGAUGCAAUGAUGUUUUCAAUGACAUAAGAUAGAGCAGUGAUUAGUAUUGUAUGGUAUAGAUCAGAAAUAUUGCCAAUAUUAUAUGUCGAACUGAAUCAUGGUUUAAAGUUUAAGCUAAAUUCAGUCUAAUAGUAGAUUUGAAAAUCUUUUAAGAGAAUUAUCACUUAACAUGACAUCCGUCAUAUUGUUAUAUGCCAUUGCUAAUAAUGCCACUCUGACAACAUUGAAUGCAGACAAUUGUUUUAUACAACAUAGAAAUAAAGUAAUAAAUAGAUCAAUAUAAUGUGUAUCCGCUUCUCUGAAUUUUUUCUAUUAGACGUGGUUGUUGCUACCUAGUCAUGAACUUUUCUGAAU